ACAAAAUGGCACUAGCAACCCUUCCCAUCUCUCCCGCCAAACCCACAACUGUCGUAACUACCAUCCCCCAGUUUCCACACAAUCCCAAAACCCUAAUUCUUCAGCAAUGCAGAACCACCGGAGACCUCAACCAGGUGCAUGCCCACCUCAUCAAAACCCGCCUCCUCCUCAACCCCGCCAUCACCGAAAACAUCCUGGAAUCCGCCUCCAUUCUUCUCCCCAAGGCCAUGGACUAUGCUCUCUCCAUUUUUCACAAUGUCGACGAACCCGAUUCGUUGGCCUACAACAUCAUGAUAAGGAGCCUCAUAUACCAGCAUUCUCCUCUGGAGGCCAUUCUUUUGUUCAAGAACAUGCGCGAAAACUCUGUUGAACCUGAUGAGUUCACGUCACUGAAAGCUUGUUCAAGACUAAGAGCAUUGAGGGAAGGAGAACAGAUCCAUUCCCACAUUGUGAAAUGUGGGUUUAAGACAAAUGGGUUCAUUGAGAACACUAUGAUACGUAUGUAAGCAAGUUGUGGGGAGCUCGAUGUUGCCCGCCGGGUGUUUGAUGGAUUGCCCGAAAGGGCUCGAAUGGCGUGGAAUUCGAUGGUGGCAGGCUACUUGAAGAUCGAAUGUUGGGGAGAUGUCAUGACGCUAUUCGUUGAAAUGUUAAAAUUGGGUUUUGGGUUUGAUGAGGUUACUUUGAUUAGUGUUUUGACAGCAUGUGGGAGACUGGCCAAUUUGGAGCUGGGAGAGUGGAUUGGUGAGUAUAUAGAAGCAAAUGGGCUGAAGGGUAACAUUGUAUUAGUCACUUCUCUGGUUGAUAUGUAUGCAAAAUGUGGUCAGGUAGAUACUGCAAGACAAUUAUUUGAUCGAAUGGAUCGAAGAUAUAAUGUUGCGUGGAGUGCCAUGAUUUCAGGUUAUAGCCAAGCAGAUAGGUGCAGGGAGGCGCUUGGUCUGUUUCAUGACAUGCAGAAGGCAAAUGUGGAUCCCAAUGAGGUGACCUUGGUCAGUGUGCUUUCGUCCUGUGCUGUCCUCGGAGCUUUGGAAACUGGAAAAUGGGUUGAGUUUUAUAUAAUGAAGAAGAAAAUGAAGCUCACAGUUACCCUUGGAACUACACUAAUAGAUUUCUAUGCAAAAUGUGGGUGCGUUGAUAGUUCAAUUGAAGUAUUUAACAGGAUGCCUUUGGUAAACCUUAUCUCUUGGACAGUGCUAAUUCAAGGUCUUGCUAGUAAUGGACAGGGCAUGAGAGCGCUUGAAUACUUCCAAUUGAUGCAGGAG